UCCCCGCGCGAACUUCCGGCACCGGGAGCUGGUGGAGAAGCUCCCAGUCCCCGAGCAGCUCUGGGCGGCGUGCCCUGGGGGCGGGACCGGCGUUUCGCGCAGCCCGGCUCCUGCGGAUUCGGCGCCGGAGGGGACACGCUUCUCCGGGCCGUGCGGCCGCCUGCGGCUCCUUGCUCUCCGGGUCCCCGAGUCGCACCGCUGAGCCCGCCGCUGUCGCCAGGCUGCUGGGGACCGUCCCCUUUUCCCACGUCCUGCCGAGCGACCCUGGCAUAUGUGUCCUGAUGCCAGCCCAGCUGUCACAGAGAAUCCCUGUAGGAGGCUGACUAGCCCUGAGCCCUAGGCCAGGGGAAUGGCAUCCCUCCAGGAGCUCCAAGACCACGCUCCUGGGGGGGAAGAAGGACUUGUGAUUGUGAAGGUAGAAGAUUGCUCUUGGGAACAGGAACCUGCCCAGCAGAUGGACAGCAGGGAUUCAGAAGCCUGCCGCCAGCGCUUCCGCCAGUUCUGCUACAGGGAUGUAGGUGGGCCACACGAAGCCUUCAGCCAGCUCUGGGAGCUCUGCUGCCGCUGGCUGCGGCCCGAGCUGCACAGCAAGGAGCAGAUCCUGGAGUUGCUGGUGCUGGAGCAGUUCCUGGCUGUGCUACCAGGGGAGAUCCAAGCCCAGGUGCAGAAACAGCACCUUGGGAGCGGUGACGAGGCCGUCGCUUUGGUGGAGGGCAUACAGAAUCAGUCAUUGAAAGCCUGGCCACAGGAUGGACUCUCAGAAGCGCAGCCUAAGGCAGCAGUCCAGGGACUCCAUGCCACAAGGCCUCCCCAGAAGGAAAGAGUACAGAAGCAGCCGCCUGCACCCCAAGAGCAGCCUAGCCAUGCCCAGCUUCCUGUUCUUAAAGAAGGACAGACAGGAGAGGUGAUGGGUGCUUGCUUUGCCUCUGCAGUUCAUCUGCCUGGGAGACCUGAGCUGGGUCACAUCUCCCCAUUCCAAAAACCUGUGGCACUGGGAGACAUCCCUUUCUAUUUCUCCCGAGAAGAAUGGGGCUCCCUGGACCCUGCUCAGAGGGAUCUCUUCUGGGACAUAAAGAGAGAGAACUCCCGGAAUGCUGCUCUUGGUUUGGGAUCCCAAAGCCAGAGUGACCGAGGUCCUCCGGAGGAGGCCGCGACAGCAGUGUUGGGACAGACGGACUGUGAAGUGAGUAUGUCCUGGCAUCCCGAGGAGGCUGAGACAGAGGUCUGGAAGAGUGAAAACCCACCGAGGACAGCCCUGGGCCCGCUGGUGGUUGCUCAUCCGGGCCGGCCGCCUACUCGCAGGCGUCAGUUUCGGAAGUUAGUGACUGAGAAGCCGCAUGGCUGUGGGCAGUGCGGGAAGCGUUUCCGCUGGGGCUCAGACCUAGCCCGGCACCAGCGGACCCACACUGGUGAGAAGCCACACAAGUGUCCUGAGUGCGACAAGAGCUUCCGCAGCUCUUCCGACCUGGUGCGUCACCAGGGUGUGCACACGGGCGAGAAACCCUUCUCCUGUUCUGAGUGUGGCAAGAGCUUCAGCCGCAGCGCCUACCUGGCUGACCACCAGCGCAUCCACACCGGCGAGAAGCCCUUCGGCUGCAGCGAGUGUGGCAAGAGCUUCUCACUGCGCUCCUACCUGCUGGACCAUCGGCGUGUGCACACGGGCGAGCGGCCCUUUGGCUGUGGCGAGUGUGACAAGAGCUUCAAGCAGCGUGCACACCUCAUUGCGCACCAGAGCCUGCAUGCCAAGGUGGCCCAAUCCGAGGGGUGAGUUGUCCGUGGGACCUGAGCAGCCCACUGAGGCGGACACUCCCUGUGAACCUCACUGCCUCUCUUUAUUCCUCUUGGAGAAUUCUCCCUUGCCUGUGACCACUGCCAGCCUAUCAAGGGACCCAAGGGCCCCGUACUCUGGACUGGCCUGCCUGCUCCCAGGAUCCUCCCACCUGCCUCUCCCCAUCCUGCUCUGGACUUCUUUUCCAUUGUUUCCUGGAGCUUCACAGUUUCCAGUUGAGUAUCAGGUGGUGUAAGGCCUUGGGCAGGACCUGGAGAGUGCCUCCAGGACCCUCCAGCCUUGCUUGGCCAGAGGCUCUCUGCUACUUGUGCCUUCCAGUAGGGACUGGCCUCCAUCCUCAGGGGACUGCUGGGCUUUGGGAAGGACCAUCAGCCCACACCAGUGAGAAUUUAGGUCCUGGGUUUGGUCACAGCAGCUUCCUGGCCUUUCCCUCUUCCCCCAAACCCCCAGCCCGUGACCACUCUGUGCUGAACCCAGGAAGCGGCCUAGCUGUCCUGCUGUGAACCCCAGACAUACUUGCCUGCAGGUGGUGACUGUAGCAACAGGUUGACUCUGGAGAACACCCACUCCUCCAGAGGCGUGGCUUUUGUGUACUUAACACUGGCACUCCAUCAGCACUUUGUAGCUGACUCCUCCAGCACCGUAUUCCAUGUUUUUAAUCUGCAUUGUGUGCAGAUUCACAUUAACAGGGACAGACCAUGGACCCUCCAAGAGGGCUCAGUCCAGUGGGCUUCGGAAUAAACAUGGAAACUUUCCUUGA